AAAACCAUGGGCUGUUGCAAUUUGAAUUUCACUACUAUUUCCUUUUAUCUUCUUCUCCUUUCCCCUCUGUGUUUAUGCAGCAUAAUUACAACUUCUUCAGAGUUGGUGUGAAUUAACCGUUUUCAAGAUGUAUGCUUACUGAUAAACUAAAGAUUCAGAUUGGUCCUUUCACCUUCCCCUCGUGUCUCCUUCCAAACUGCACAGUUGAUUUUCAUUGUGGGAACGGAUCUAGAUCUCCAUCACCACCUUCAUCACUAGCUCCUAUUCUUCCGCCAUCAAAGAAUUUAUUUAGCCCAUGUGGUGUUGUUUGGUGUGGUGAUGGAACAUGUGUAACUAAUGGAACUGGAUAUGCAUGCCAGUGCAAUCAAGGCUCGGAGAAUUUGUUGAAUUCUUCCAACUUAGCUUGUUUUAAAACAUGCUAUUUUGGAGCAGAUUGCAGCAGUCUUGGCUUUAACCUGCCAUCAGUUCCACGACCACAAAUUUCACAACCACCUCCUUCCAGCAGUCCAAGCUCAGCUUCAAAAGGCCCAUUGAAGUUGGAUCCAAUCAAGCAAUCAAUCGGCUCCAAGUUCACAAUCAAGACUAGAAGACAAUGCAUGUGGCCGAAUUGAAGAUUGCAAUUUGUAUGAGAGGAGUUUCGGUUCGAUUUGGCCAUCGUAUCCUGUGACUGCAGAUUGGUUAACAAUUUCCAAGUGCAAUGCUAAUCCUGGCAUAAGGAGUCUAAAAAGCUGUCUCCAUCCUUUACAUAAAAUUUUCUUUUUAUU